AUGGAGACGGGCCCGGCGCCCUUGGUGGCCCCGCCGCGCCGUCAUGGCGCCCCCGCGGCCCCCUCGCCGCCGCCCCGCGGCUCCCGGGCCGGACCCGUCGUGGUGGUGGCUCCGGGGCCGCCAGUGACCACGGCCACUUCGGCCCCGGUCACUCUGGUGGCCCCCGGGGAGGCGCGGCCCGCCUGGGUACCGGAGCCCAUCCAGACCUCGGCCCCGGCCCCGGCCUCGGCCUCGACCGUCACGAGCAGCACAGUGGUGGUGCUGACGCUGGAGGCCUCACCCGAAGCCGCGAGGGCGCGGGUCUCCCCUGGCUCAGAAGCCCUGGUGCCCGCGGCAGUGGCAGGAGCCGGGAUGUCUAUGGCUUUGGGCCCGGGGGCAGACUCUCCGAAGACGGAGGAAGCUAGAAGCUCCAACGCCCCUGGACCAGGUACCCCCACCGGGACCCCCACCAGGACCCCUUCCAGAACGGCUCCUGGGGCUCUGACCGCCAAACCCCCGCUUGCCCCCAAGCCGGGAACCACAGUUGCCUCAGGAGUGACUGCGCGGGUUGCAGCAGUGACAGCAGGACAGGUGACAAGUGGACAUGGAGCUGCAGGAGCAACAUCAGCAUCAACUGAACAGGCUCCAGAGGACCCCUCAGGGCCUGGCCUAGGCCCUUCAGGGACAUGUGAGGCUCUGGUAGCUGUCGUGACGGUCACGCCAGCUCCGGAGCCUGCUGAAAACUCUCAGGACCUAGGCUCCACUUCCAGCCUGGGACCCGGCAUCUCUGGGCCUCGAGGGCAGGCCCCGGACACUCUGAGCUACUUGGACUCUGUAAGCCUCAUGUCUGGGACCUUGGAGUCCUUGGCAGAUGAUGUGAGCUCCAUGGGCUCAGACUCGGAGAUAAAUGGGCUGGCCCUGCGCAAGACGGACAAGUAUGGCUUCCUUGGGGGCAGCCAGUAUUCGGGCAGUCUAGAGAGCUCCAUUCCUGUAGAUGUGGCUCGGCAGCGGGAGCUCAAAUGGCUGGAGAUGUUCAGUAACUGGGAUAAGUGGCUGUCACGGCGUUUCCAGAAGGUGAAGCUGCGCUGCCGGAAGGGGAUCCCCUCUUCCCUCAGAGCCAAGGCCUGGCAGUACCUGUCCAAUAGCAAGGAACUCCUGGAGCAGAACCCCGGCAAGUUUGAGGAGCUGGAACGGGCACCUGGGGACCCCAAGUGGCUGGAUGUAAUUGAGAAGGACCUGCACCGCCAGUUCCCUUUCCAUGAGAUGUUUGCUGCUCGAGGGGGGCAUGGGCAACAGGACCUGUACCGAAUCCUGAAGGCCUACACGAUCUACCGGCCCGAUGAGGGCUACUGCCAGGCCCAGGCCCCAGUGGCCGCCGUGCUGCUCAUGCACAUGCCUGCUGAGCAAGCUUUUUGGUGCCUGGUGCAGAUCUGCGACAAGUACCUCCCCGGUUACUACAGUGCAGGGCUGGAGGCCAUUCAGCUGGACGGAGAAAUCUUUUUCGCGCUGCUGCGCCGGGCCUCCCCGCUGGCACACCGGCACCUGCGGCGGCAGCGCAUUGACCCCGUGCUCUACAUGACCGAGUGGUUCAUGUGCAUCUUCGCCCGCACCCUGCCCUGGGCGUCAGUGCUGCGUGUCUGGGAUAUGUUCUUCUGUGAAGGCGUCAAGAUCAUCUUCCGGGUGGCCCUGGUGCUGCUGCGGCACACGCUGGGCUCGGUGGAGAAGCUGCGCUCCUGCCAGGGCAUGUACGAGACCAUGGAGCAGCUGCGCAACCUGCCCCCGCAGUGCAUGCAGGAGGACUUCCUGGUGCAUGAGGUGACCACCCUCCCGGUGACAGAAGCACUGAUUGAGCGAGAGAACACGGCCCAGCUCAAGAAGUGGCGGGAAACCCGGGGGGAGCUGCAGUAUCGGCCCUCUCGGCGACUACACGGCUCCCGGGCAAUUCAUGAGGAGCGGCGGCGGCAGCAGCCACCCCUGGGCCCCUCCUCCAGCCUUCUUAGCCUCCCUGGCCUCAAGAGCCGAGGUUCCCGGGCAGCCGGGGGGGCCCCCUCUCCACCCCCUCCUGCCCGCAGGGCCAGCGCUGGACCUGCCCCAGGGCCUGUGGUCACCGCUGAGGGACUGCAUCCAUCCCUUCCUUCGCCUACUGGCAACAGCACCCCACUGGGUCCCAGCAAGGAGACUCGAAAGCAGGAGAAGGAGCGGCAGAAACAGGAAAAGGAACGUGAGAAGGAACGGCAGAAACAGGAGAAAGAACGGGAAAAGCAGGAGAAGGAGCGGCAGAAGUGGGAAAAAGAGCAGGAGAAGGAGGAGAAGGAGCGGCAGAAGCAGGAAAAGAAGGCCCAAGGCAGGAAGCUCUCGCUGCGUCGAAAGGCAGAUGGGCCCCCGGCCCCUCAGGAUGGUGGGGACAGGUCCUCGGCAUCUGAGGCCCGGCAGGAUGCUUACUUCUGA